AUGAUGAUUAUGAUGAAUGAGCCCGGCCGCAUCAGCUUUUUGGCCGACGAACUGCUGAGUUUGAUCUUGUCCUUUCUGAUCGCCGACACGGAGUUCCCGGAUGGACGCGAAAUUAUACAUGACUACGCCUUCCCGCCGUACAACAGUAAGCGGAACGGUACGAAUGCGGUGGCUUCGCGGGGAGAAAGGUCCGAUCUGGACAGAUACAGGCUUGUGUGCACGCGGUUUAUGAGGAUUGCGACGCCGUGGAAGUUCCGACGUUUUACAUUGAGGUUCUCGGCAGAGGGGUUCAGGCGAUUGAAUGAGUUGGUGGAUAUGCAACAGGCUCAUCAUACGCGAUAUUUUACAUAUAUGGUCCGACCUUAUUAUCACGGACGUGAUUGGGAACGAUUCCUCGCCGAGAUUGCGCGUGAUUACCCUACGCUCUCCGAAAUUCACACAGCCAGACUCGCCGAUCAGACUUCGCUGAUCAAGAAUGCACGAGAUAUCCUUUCUUUAAAGCGGGCGCUUGUCGCGUUUUCCUCUUUGCAACAAAUCAAGCUCCUUCGGUUACAGGACAGGGCGGAUGAAGAUAUCAUGGAACGAGCGAGACGGCUGGGUACUGUCAGAGAUGUCAAGCUCGAUUGGGAGCCGGCAUGCUCGCGCGCAAUCGAAGGAUUGGCAUUGGCUCUGAUGGGAUCUAGCUGUCAGUCAGUCCGGUUUUUGGGUCCGCAAUUAAGUCCCGAAGCCGCUCUCAAAUUGCUGAAUGCUCCUCGAGUGACGAUGUCUGCUUUAGGUGAGCGACUCACAUGCUUGGAUAUAUAUUUUCACUCGGCCUCAGACGUCACCGCUUUGAUGUCAAAACUAUCGAAUACGUUCAGAGACUUCUUCCAAGCUGCGCGCAACCUCACUACUAUAAAUGUUGGCUUUCCAGCCGACAGUCCGCUGAACUUGCAUUUGGAAGACGUUUUCCAUCACAUACAUUGGCCGCGAUUGCGGAGCCUCGGAAUUCAGGGCUGGCGGCUACAUUCAUCUGAAAUCAGCGCAAUCGCACGACGUCAUCAAUCCCAGCUCCGAGAACUACGUCUGCCAUAUGUCUACCUACUCGAUGGAAGUAGGUGGCGCGAUGUUCUAUCCAUACUUCGCGAUGACAUGGAGCGACUCGAAAGGCUAAACCUUCAGCAUAUCAAUUACGCAUCUCAUUUCAACACCGAAAUCAUGAACGGGAUCGAAAUACCGCCAGGAAGUACAACAGACGAAGACGAACAGAGAGAAGACGAAGACGAUGACGAUACAAACCACAAUGGAGAAAUUGAACCCCCUCAAUCCGACACAGACUCUUCAUCUAUUGUGUCUAUACACGACUCGCAAAGCGAAAUAUCAUCAGAGACGGAAGAAUCAUAUCGACAGCAGCACCGUUUCCCGUACCAUCACCACAGCCAUCACCAACGAGAUCUGCAAUCCUUGUCGGAACAGGAACUCAGUAUGCUCACUGCCAACGAUCUAGGUGAUAACGGGAUAUAUGUGAAACGAGAACAUUGGCAUAUAUGGGAAAAAUGGGUAGUUAUAUCAAGGCGUCGGUUGUAA